UUGCUUCUGACACCGUUGAAAAUAGGCACGGUCAGAUGCAGAAAUGUAUAUGUGUUUGACAGAUACAUAUUGCUGUAAAGAUCCCAAGGGUUUUCGUAUAUGGCGCAUAUUACGAAAAUCCUGCGCCCAGGACUAAAACUAAGCGAACUUUAUGGCUUUUGUUGUGUUCCCAUCGGACACAUUUAUAUGUGACACAGUUCAGUUGUGCCGAUGGAGGACUCGAUGGCGGUGGUGUGUGACACGUUUGUUGAUACUUUUCACCGUUUGGGAUAUGUAUUCAAAUUACUGAAGGCACUCUAACCAUUUUCUUCGUCGUGCCCUCCAUCUAAACACCAUUCUGACAAAGGGAGAGGUUCCUUGGCCCAGCCAUGGCAGCACUGUCGGAAGAAGUGUUGCUUGUGGUAAAGAGGGUUCGGCAAAGGAAGCAAGAUGGAACCUUGUAUUUGAUGGCAGAGCGCAUCGCUUGGGGUCCUGAGGGCAAGGAUCGCUUUACCGUCAGCCACCUCUAUGCUGACAUCCGAUGUCAGAAAAUCAGCCCUGAUGGGAAAGCAAAGAUCCAGCUACAACUGGUUCUGCAUACUGGAGAGAGCACCACUUUUCACUUUGCCAAUGAGAGCAGCGCUCUUAAGGAUCGUGAGGCCUCAAAGGAACUGCUCCAGCAGUUGCUGCCUAAGUUCAAAAAGAAAGCCAAUAAGGAGCUCGAAGAGAAGAACAGGAUGCUGCAGGAAGACCCUGUUCUGUUCCAACUCUACAAGGACUUGGUUGUGAGUCAGGUGAUCAGUGCAGAGGAGUUCUGGACGAAUCGGUUGAGCAUGCCUUCGGUAGAGGGUUCUGUCGCCAACAAUAAGCAGGAAGUGGGGAUAUCGGCUGCUUUCCUGGCGGACAUUCGGCCACAAACAGAUGGCUGCAACGGUUUAAGAUACAACCUCACUGCGGACAUCAUUGAGUCUAUCUUUAGAACCUACCCUGCAGUGAAACAGAAGUAUGCCGAGAAUGUGCCUCACAACCUUACAGAGAAAGAGUUCUGGACGCGCUUCUUCCAGUCCCAUUACUUCCACAGGGAUCGCAUCAACACAGGCACACAGGACAUCUUCUCAGAGUGUGCCAAACAGGACGAGAAGGGCUUAAAAUCCAUGGUGGUUCAAGGUGUCAAGAACCCAAUGGUAGACCUUUUGUCCUUGGAGGAUAAGAGCUUAGAUGAGGGGUAUGGUACCAAAGUGGCUCCCUCCACCUCAAACAGUAAGCCCACAGUGAAGGAGAACAGCAACUCUGCCAUCAUCAAGCGCUUCAAUCACCACAGCUCCAUGGUCCUCGCUGCUGGGCUGAAGAAAGGGGAGGGUGCUAAUGACCAGACCAGUGAAACAAGCAGCACUGAUGGGAACUCCAGGGACUCCGACUUCUUCCAGCCGCCCAUUAAAAAGGUAAAACUGCAAGAGGCCAUUGAGUACGAGGACUUGCAGAGUGGUUCAGGACCCAGAACGGUUGCCCUAAACCUGAAAAAGUCUGACAGGUAUGCUCAUGGUCCAGUGCCACUGCAGUCUCACCAUUACACCACCACCCAGGACAUCAUCACGGCAGUCAACUGCAUCCAGCACGAGAUGGCCUGCUACAAACCUUGCCUUACACAGGUGAUGUCCAGUAACGCUGCUAGCUCUGCCAUCGCUGCCCUGUCACCAGGAGGAGUCCUUAUGCAAACCUCUACUCAGCAGACCAUGAACCAGCUGGUGCCUAGUGAUGUGCAGGGAGAGUUGAAACAGUUGUACACAGCUGCAGGAGAGCUUCUGAGGCACUUCUGGACCUGUUUCCCUGUCAACACACCCUUCUUAGAAGAGAAGGUGGUCAAGAUGAGGUCGAACUUGGAAAGAUUUCAGAUGGCGAAGCUCCGUCCUUUUCAAGAAAAAAUCCAACGGCAGUACUUGAGCACUAAUAUCACUGGGCACCUGGAGGACAUGCUGCAGGCUGCUUACAACAAGUUCCAUGCUUGGCAGACUCGGCGGAUGAUGCGAAAAACCUGAAGGACUCGUGGCACGUGGGCUGUAUUAUGUAAAGACCACUGGAGGACUUAGAAUGAUGGAGACGGAUGGUGGAUAGAGAGAGACUAUAGGAAGAGGAGAAGAUGGAGAGAAUGGGAUGGGAGGGUGGGGGCGGGG